AGAGGGUGUGUACACAAUACUUAAAGUGUGAACACGGCUUAGACCUCGUGUUCACCGACUGACCCACCCAGCGGUGCCUCCCGCGCCACGAUCCCGCACUCAUAAACAGGGAGACGAAGAGAGAGAGAUCAAUAUUACCAGAACUCAUAAGCAUCCAUGGCGGUUUUGGGGCGUCUUGUGAGAAUGGCUCGGGCAUGGCGUGCUGUUGCCUCACCGAAAAACGUAACCCAUCGAAGUCCUUGUUCGCCUGUCCUUCCUCGCCGCUUUUACCACCGGUCUGCUGAGCACCAGAGUCAUUCUAAUGCAUCUGAAGUUCUACCACACAGAUCGGCACCUGAUGCUUGGAGACCGUAUUCUAUAUUUCCAGCCAUUUUGGCUGGUUUGUUUGGAGUUGGAGUGCUAGACAUGGCUUACUCAGAUGGUGAUGAGGUUCCUGCCAAACCUCCUUUGCCAUCAGAAUCUUCUCCAGGGCAUGUGGACUUGGAGGAAAUUGCCAAGAGAGAAAGACAGCGGAUUGAAGAGUUGCUUAGAAGUAAAGGAAUGCAACAUGGUUAUUAUCCCCGCUUUACUGUUGCCGUUAAGGGCCAACAGGUCACCAUCAAAUUCCAAGUCCCUCCUGCUUGUGAAGUUUCUCAAAUGAUUGCAAACCUUGUUUCACAUCUUGGAGUGAGAGUUGAAGACCGUGGUGGUGGUUCAGAUAUGUCAUUGCGUGUUUGGGACAGUGCAGUUGCUUGGCAACUAACACUUACUCAUCCAGAGAAAAAGAUGGAAAUUAAAGGGAAUGUGGGGGAUUCAAAAGAUAUAAAUUCACAUGAUGGAGAUCUAUGCAUCCUCAUAUUUCAUUCGCUCAUUAGCUCAGAAAAAGCUGAAAUUGAAUUCAUGAAGAAAGGGAGCUUGAGCCCCAAAGAGCUAGAUGCUUUGGUAUCUGUUUUAGAAUUAGCUGGUGGAAAGUUGAAACAAAAUAAGACCUUAGAAAGAAAACCCAGGGAAGGUAAUGCAAUGGUGCCGUCUGCAGAAAAAUCAGUUGCUAGUCUUGAGUCCAUGGGAAUUAGAAUAUAUGGACUCAAUGAAGCCCGUGGUUACUCCUCAAACAGUGAGAUAUCAUGGGACACUAUUGCUGGAUACAAUCAGCAAAAAAGAGAGAUAGAGGAUACAAUACUGUUGGCUCUGCAUAGUCCUGAAGUAUAUGAUGAUAUUGCUCGCGGGACCCGGCGCAAGUUCGAGUCAAACAGGCCUAGAGCUGUGCUCUUUGAAGGUCCCCCAGGUACAGGGAAGACAUCUUGCGCUCGUGUUAUUGCUAAUCAAGCAGGUGUCCCUUUGCUAUAUGUGCCACUGGAGGUUGUCAUGUCAAAGUACUAUGGUGAAAGCGAACGCUUGUUAGGAAAAGUGUUUUCACUUGCUAAUGAGCUUCCUAACGGUGCUAUCAUUUUUCUUGAUGAGAUAGAUUCUUUUGCUGUAGCUCGUGAUAAUGAAAUGCAUGAAGCUACACGCAGAAUCCUAUCGGUGUUGUUGCGACAGAUCGAUGGAUUUGAACAGGAUAAGAAAGUGGUUGUUAUUGCAGCAACAAAUCGAAAGCAAGACCUCGAUCCUGCUUUAAUUAGUCGCUUUGAUUCAAUGAUUACUUUUGGCUUACCUGAUCGGCAAAAUCGUCAGGAAAUAGCUGCUCAGUAUGCAAAGCACCUAACAAAAAGUGAAUUAGAAGAAUUUUCUGCAGUGACAGAAGAAAUGUCUGGAAGGGAUAUUAGAGAUGUAUGUCAACAAGCCGAGAGGUCGUGGGCAUCAAAGAUAAUUCGAGGACAAGCAUGUAAAGAUGGAGAAAAAGAAGGGUCUCUUCCACCUUUGCAAGAAUACAUAGAGAGUGCCAUGACUCGGCGGAAGGCUUUACUGAGUAUUAUUGCAGACCAAAAGAUUCAAGACUCUAAUCCUCUCAAAAAGAACCCUCAGCUGGAUUUUAUGUCGAUGAAAGUGGUGGAUUGAUAUUUGGGUGAUGGAGACAGGUUACAUGGAUAGCUUUGAUAUUUUUGUUUGGAGAAUUUUUCUAUUUUAUUGUAUUUCUUAA